AUGCUACAUGUCAUGGGGGGAGGGUGGGCUGCAUUGACAUCGGAAAAAUUGAACAAUGAGAAAAUUUCUGACUUAGGAUUGCCCGGCAGGAUGCUGGACAGUGGGAAGAGAUUCUCCGCCACUUUGAGAGGCUACUUCACCAGGGCGAAGGUUGCUUCUCCCGAGGACACUCCACCCCAAGAGAGCAAGGAAGAACUUGUCGUGCCGGCUAGACAAUGUAGCGACCACCAGGCGAAUAGUGCGGAGAGUAUGUCUUCUUCAACGAUGGAUUCUCCGGAGGAUGCCAACAUCGAUACUGUCAUGGCCAAUGAACAAAAUCUUGGUAACGCAAGCCACGACGUUGUCGAAGAAGAAACAGACAGAUUGUCGUCAAAAGCAUCAAAUUCUAAGAGCGCACUCGACAUCUCGCUUGACAUCAAUGGAUACGAACACCCCUCAACUGACAAGGACAAUGCCCCCCCAGAAAUCAGCUACUCCCCCGCACUUGACCGGAACAUUGCCCUCCCUGACACCAACCUUUGCCUCGAAUCCGAUAAGAACCAUGAUCCCCCUGCCGAAGACCCAUUAGUCACUGAGCCAGUACCCGAUCCCAAGCAGUCCGUCGAAGAACCUCCAUACCCGAUCUCUGCCUACACGCGAGUCCUCACUCUCAAAGAAGAAUACGAAUUAUACGGCUCUUCUGCUGACGAUGAAUUCUUCUCCAAGCGCGGAAAUCCAAAUGAUGCUCGACCAAUAAUCCGCCAUCUACUGUGCUGCGAUAACUGCGAUCGGAUUGGCCAUCGAUGGAUGCAUUGCCCGGAUCGUUGCACGGCUUGUGGGGAGUUUCACAGGGGAUACUUGUUUUGUGGUUCAAGGGCGAGCAACCGGAAGAAUGAUGGCGAAAUAUGGAGGGAGGAAGAGCUUGAGGGAAUGGAAAGGAGAAGUUACUGA